AUGUCCAACUUUGUGGUCCAUCGGACCCAAGUCGAGCGAGUGUUGAAUCCACACCGUCCCGAAGGCAAUGACGGUAGCCAGUUGCAUCUGUUAUCCAUGCCGCGGCUAUCGUCCCACGAUCAUAAUUGGAAUAACAUCUCCCAACGUUUGCGGAAUAUCCCUUCUUCGCCAGUGCAGCUGUUGCGGGAUUUGCCCAACACUAUCAUUCAUGUGGUCGAAGGCGUCGAAGACACCAUUACUGACCUGGCAACCUUGACCGACAAUGUCAGUAGGGAAGUCGUUCAAUUGCCGCAUCGAGCCUCCCAUCAAUGGAAGGAAUUGAUUUGGGUUUUGGGAUUGCUAGUGCUGGUCCCACUCUUGGUGGUCGGAAUGGUCUUUUUUUUACCCCUCAAUUCCGUCAAUUUGGGAGUUUCCAGCAACAAGUCCUUUCUCUAUGGGAUUUCUACUUUUUACGAAGGCUUGUAUUUGAUUGCCUGGGUGGAAACCUUUAAUUUUGCCCUGCCCGAAGCAUCGACACCGAGUGCGACAAAGGCAUCCAUUCCCAUUUCGACCCGGUUUACAGUCUGGGCCAUGGGAUUGGCCUUUUGUAAACUGGUGGAUGCGACCUUUGCCAAAGAUAUUGCCUUGCUUCCACACUCGGUCUUUCCCAUUCCCUUUUCCAUUUUGGUAUCGGGCAUGACGUCCAUUCUACUGGUCAUUAUUCCACUGCUGUAUUGCCUUGCACCUAAAAUCCGCAAGGGCCAUGGGUUUCAGAGCUUGAUCAAAUUGAUUGCAGUCUAUUGGAUUGCACUUCUUUUGGUGACCUUGUGGGCCGUGGGGGUCAAUCGAUUGCGGCAUAGACGAGUCUUACAGACGGUCGUGGGUGCCUUGUACGCUCCGCUCCGCUUUGUUUGCAAAGUCUUUAUUGCCUCGCCCGUUACCUCGAAUCAAAAUCCGCAAAAGUGGAUUCAACUCAAUCUGGUGGUCGACAUGCUGUUUACACGAGUCCAAGUGGCAACCUUUCCCUUUAUUGAUUCCUACGUGACCUUGUUGGUACUGUUUGCUGCGGAAAUUCUGACUCUUGGCUGGCGGUACUACAAUGGGGUCGACCGGUUGGCCCUCUGGUGGAGUACCAUGAGAAUUGCCAAAAAGACUCGCGCCUGGAACGAAUUGGGAUUGACCUGGUGGCAGCUCACCAAGGGAUGCUUUCAAGCACCCAUUUUGGAAGUGGCAGAACUGCAUUUAAAAUUGCAGCAAGAGCAACCGGAAAUGAAGGAACGAAUCUUGCGAACACUAACUGGAGAUACGGGAGAUUCGCAUUCAGUCCAUUCCGAUGGAAUGGAAUCCGUGUCGUUGGAACCAGAUACGCCCAGAAAACGUUAUAAACCAAUGUCGCUCUUGGAUAUUGAGACUGCUUGUGGUUUGGUGGAUGAACAAAUAUUGAUGAGUGAAACGUCAACUACAACUGUACUAAUGCAGAACCCUCCCAACUCGACUCAUGAUCACGAAUGCUCCUCAGUUGUCGCCCCCGCCUUGAAUGACGUGGACAACCCGAACCAUGACAAUAGAAAGAACCGCUCGAUUCUCGCAUCUACCAUAUUUCAACAAGAUGAGGGGCCCGAUUUGAUAGAUGCUGCCAACGCUUUUCGAAUGGAGCAAAUACAUCGAAACUUGUCUGUACACACUGCUUCCACAACGCCUUCCUGCAGACUUCUACACGAACAGUACCGAGAGCAACGAAUCUUGUUUCACGUCGUUGAUUCGACGGGUGCUAUUGUCUUGUCCACCAUUACCCGAAUCAGUCAACAACUUUGCAUUACGAUGGUCCGUCACCUUCCCAGCUCCAAGCACUUGAACCAGUCCUUUCAAAUUGACGAUGAACGCUGGACUCGGGCUCAAAUUUAUGGAUGGCUCUAUGUCGGGCUGAUGAUUUUCCUAUUGAGCCGAUUGGGAUUCUUCUUCUUUCGGCGCAUUCAGGGAUUCGAAGAACGCAAAUUGUCUCUAGCUCGAGUCAUGUCCUACUUGUUCAAGGAUCACUUUUGGUUCUUCUUUUGCUGGCUCCUUAGCAGUGGAGUGCUCGUCUGUGCCUCAAUGGUGAAUCAUUUUGGUGCCGAUUUUUCAUUCAGCUUUGAAUGGAUCUCGUGUCCUGAUGCAAUGGCAUGGCCAACUUGUGUUGUUGAAAGCUGA